GAAAGUUGCCUUUCCCGAGUGGUUUGGGAGCGAUGGAGAAACGGGGACCAAAUGACCCCAGGGCCAAAGUGGUUUGGGGGUUCUGGUGUUGGUGCACGAGCAGGAGGGUGUUUGGGAUCCCUGCAGUCUGUCCUCCUGCCAUCCAUGGAUUUGGGAUCCCUGCAGUCUGUCCUCCUCCCAGCCAUGGAUUUGGGAUCCCUGCAGUCUGUCCUCAUCCCAUCUGUCCUCCUCCCAUCCCUGGGUUUGGGAUCCCUGCAGCCUGUCCUCAUUCCAUCCAUGGAUUUAGGAUCCCUGCAGCCUGUCCUUAUCCCAUCCAUGGGUUUGGGAUCCCUGCAGCCUGUCCUCAUCCCAUCUAUGAUUUGGGAUCCCCACAGUCUGUCCUCAACCCAUCCAUGAAUUUGAGGUCCUCCUCCCAUCCCUGGAUUUGGGAUCCCUGCAGUCUGUCCUUAUCCCAUCCCUGGAUUUGGGAUCCCUGCAACCUGUCCUUAUCCCAUCCCUGGAUUUGGGAUCCCUGCAUCUGUCCUCAUUCCAUCCAUGGAUUUAGGAUCCCUGCAGUCUGUCCUUAUCCCAUCCCUGGAUUUGGGAUCCCUGCAGUCUGUCCUCCUCCAUCCUCUCUGCACCCAGCACUCCCUUCCUCCUCCUCCAGCUCAUUCCAGGUUUUUUUCCUGGCCCCUCUCCCCCCCUGCCCUCUGAUCCCGUGUUCCCAUGGUGAGUGUCUGGGCUUGGAAUGUUCCAUGGAAGAUCUUUGCCUAACUGUGACUUCCUGGUGCCUUAGUGCAUUGAAACAACGAAAAACCCUUAAAAAAACCACCAAGCCUGGGAUUUUUGCCCACCUUGUUUGUACAAUUCCCGGCUCCUCCGACUUCUCCUCCUGUUCCCGGGAUCUCGUGACCCUCCGGGGGUUUUCUAUGUCUGCACAGUGGGAUUUUUAUUGUUUCUGUUACCAAUUGUUUACUAAAAUCUGGCUUUUUUUAAUGAAAACUCGAGCUACUUGUCCGAGAUGGGAAUUUUGGGGUGUUUCGGUUGAACUGUGCGUCUCUUCUCGGAACUGGGCGCGUGGAGGGAUGAUGGAUCCACCCGGGAGCAGCUCCCCCCGCCCCGUGGGAGCGACUGGAUGUGUUUUGGGUGCAUUUAGAACAUUAAAAAGUUGGGAAAUGCCUUUUCCUGCCACCGGAAUCUCGGGUGACUCCUUGACUCGGUUCUUGGUCCCGUUUGGGCACUGCUGGUUCCUGGGGGAGGAACGGUGACAAAAGGUCCCUGUGGAAGAGUCAGGGAUGGGGAAUGUCGAGGGGAAGGGUGGAUUUCAGGUGAAUCCACAGGGAGCUGUGGCCAGGACGUGCCGCUGGAGUUGGUGGCUGACCCUUGGCUGGGUUUGGUUUGUUGGUGUCUCCUCUUGGGAACUUUCCUGAGGGACCUCCCAGGGUCCUUCCCAACCCCAAAACACCGGGAUGUGCCCACACAGGGGGGUCCCUUCCAGCUCAGGGCAUUCCAUGAUUCCCUGACUCACUGGGAGGCAAAUUUUGAAAUAUUAGUCUGGUUUGUUUUUUUUUUUCCCUCUCUCCUGGAUAACUGGGACAGGUUUGACUUCAAAGCUUUAUUUUUUGGGAGUUUGACACUGGCCUUAAAGCAAAGGCUAAGGAGUCUUGGGAUUUUUUCCCAACCCUGCAGCUCUGUCCCCACUUAUAUUUCCAGUCUUUCUUUUUUUUUUACUAAUAAAACUAAUUUAUUUUCCUGCAUUAACGACAUCCCAGCAGCCAAGGGAUUGUGGGACAGCGUGUCCAGAGGGAUUCCAGCUGGUCCCUCCCAGGUUUUGUCCUAUAUAUUGCAUUUUUUGGAUGUAUGAGAACGGGGAAAUCCUUUCCCUUAAGGAAGAGAGGGUUGUGUUUGUUUGGGAGCAGCUGCCAGCAGAGGGUGUUGGAUCGUGGCUCUGGUGAAGCCCAUCAGGGAAAAAAUAUUGGAAUGUUGGAAAGACCAAACCUGGGCUCGGGGGGGGAACAUCUUGGAGCGAGGGAAUGAAAUCCAACCUCCCAGAUUCUCCAGGAUCCCCUUUCAAAGGCAAAACUUUCCCAGUGUGUCCCCAGAUAACAGGAACUAAUCUCCCUAUUCCCAGCAACCCCACGUUUCUCCAAUAUGAGGAGGAAUUGCCUGGUUUUAGGGAUUGACAAAGGUCCUCUUGGUGGCCCUGAUGCUUCCAGAGGUGGCUUUGACCCUCUGCAGAAUUCCCGGUUUUGCUGAUGGGAAGGGAGUGUUCGGCUGGCGAGGCUGGAAAUCCCGGCCCUGUGUCAGAGCAGGGAUGUUUCCAUGUGGGAGAGGGGGCUGCAUGAGGAUUCCCACAGCUUUUCCACAGCUUUUCCCCCUGCUCCUGUUCUCCUUCCCCUGGGGAUGGGAGACCACACUGUCCCUCCUCUCUCCAGCCCCACAGGGAUGUGAAUCCCACUGGGAGCUGCCUCCUGCAGCACGAGGAUGGGGAUCUGUGCUCUUGGGCCUUCCCAUUUCCUCGUUUUCUUGGCUGAAGGAAACUUUAUUUGGCACCUUUCACUCCCCCCCUCAUCCCUGAACGGCUCAUCCCGGGAUCUCCCGAGUCCUGCAGCACCAGAUCCCGGGAUUCUGCUCCAGACACACCCAGGGCUGGUGGGGUUUGGAGGUCUGGGAUGGUCUGAGGGGGCAAAGGCUCUUCCCUGCUUUGGUCAAGGGGGUGGGAAGGGGCUGGGGGGGAGCAGGAGGAGCUGCUCCCAAUGGAUCCGGGGUGACUGAUCCCCCUGGAAUGGGCUGAGUCACCCCUGGGCUGGGCUCGUGCCCAUUCCCAGACACAUCCACUAAUCAGCUCAGAGUUAAUUAACCACCUUCCUUGGGUGUUUCCAGUCCCGGGUGGGUGUCCAGGAGCAGCUCCAGGAGGCUCCACCAUCCCCCAGUGCCGGAUUUUCCCGGAUUUUUCCGUUUGCAGCCUCAAGAUCCAGAGUCUCUUCCUUCCACCCUCUCUUGGCGACUUCACUCCUCUUGUUUUUAGCACAAACCUCGUCUCGUGGGGCUGGAAAAGGUGGGUUUUCCCUGGGAGGUGCCUGUGAAUCCCCCGUCAGCCGGGUUGGAAUUGUCGUGGCCAUUGGAAUUUUUUCUUUUUUCAUUUUUUUUUUUUUUUUUCCGUUUCUUUUUAAACUCUUCCAUGUUUGAUACUGUGUACAAUAAAUUUGCAGAAUUUAGAGCAUCAGAA